AUGCCUAUACUUAAUUCUGCAACUUCACAUCUACUACUUGGGCCCCAUAUUUGCCUUUUGAAGACCCAGACAGAAUUUCAAUAUUUAACUGCAGCAACAAUGAAUUCGAACUCUAAUUCAGCCAGUCUGAAAAAGUCUUCAAGAAAAUAUUCACUCAACUGA